UAGCAGGCUUUUCAACGGUUAGUGUCUGCUAUUAGAAGACGUAGGGUUCGCUUGAAAAGACGUCGUUUACGAAACCGUCCUUGGUCGUGGAUUCUACCGCAUCCGGCAGAGUCAUGGUUUGAAAUACAUUUCUACAAUAGAAACAUUCCAGAAGAUUACUUUCGACGCCAGCUGAGAAUGAAGGGAGGGACCUUUCAAGCCCUGGUUGGCAUCCUGACGCCGUGGUUAACCAGAGAGAAUAAGCGAUUGAGGGACUGCAUUCCACCGGAAAAAGUUUUAGCCCUAGGAAUAUAUAGGCUUGCACACGACAAUUCAUACAUGAGCAUCUGACCUGUAUUUAAUGUUGGCAAAUCCACUGUAAUCGAGGCCGUCCAAGAUGUUGUGGCAGCUUUGUUUAAACUGAAAGAUGAAUAUAUACAUUUCCCAGAAACAGUGGCAGAAACCAGCCUCUAUAGGAACAUUUAAAGACUUAUCUCGACUGCCAAACAUUGUUGGAGCGAUUGAUGGCACCCAUAAACCGAUAAAUGCACCACACGAGAAAGCAGUCGAUUACUUUAGUCACUAUCGACAUCACAACUUUGGCAUUCAGGCAGUAGCUGAUGGGGACUUGCUCUUUUUAGAUUUUUCCGCUGGAUAUCCAGGAAGUAUGCAUGACGCUCGCAUAUUAAGGAACAGUAGUUUAUAUCACAAAGCUGAGCAAGGAGACAUUCUCACUGGCCCCAUCGUAAAUGUUAACCACCACGAGAUUGGCCCAUAUUUAGUAGGUGACAGUGCUUACCCGAUAUCACCAUGGCUUCAAAGGCCAUUCCCAAAGGCUACGAGAGACAAGAGCGAAAUACAAUUUAACCCUGAACUAUCAAGUGCAAGGGUCAAAAUAGAGUGCACUUUUCGAGGCCUUAAGUCACGGUGGAGAAUUUUACAAAAGCGCCUUGAUAGUGACAUUAAAUUCUCUGUUCCUAUCGCUGUUGCAUGUGCUGUCCUACACAAUGUCUGUAUAAAAAUAGAGGACGAUUGUGAUGACGACAGCAAUCCAGAUCACCACUGCCGUGAUGACAACAAUGGAGAUGUUGUUAGGGAUGGACAAGAGAUAAGAGACAUCCUUAAGGAAUUUCUCUAACUUUAUUUUGA